ACUGGAUUCUCUGGUAUCGGGUCAGUUCCAAUCGUAAAUCGGCGUAAGCAACAGUUUGUGUUAUCAUUUUUCGUUUUUAUCCGCCGAAAUGACUCGCCUAACUUUAACCAUGUUGGCUACUUUGAUAAUCUAUUUCGCCUACCAUACUACAGUGAGUGAAGGACUUUCCGCUGGCGGUUCCAAUCCGCCGGGGAAUGGUGAAAAUUUGGUGAACGAUGAACCUGUUGGUAAAGCUGUGAAUGCCUGGUUGAAGAGUGCGUACAACCGAAGGUCGUCGGGUGUUACAGGUGGAGGCCGAUUUGGAACACUUGCUGGAUUGCGCCGAUUAGCUCCAAUCGAUUCAGGAGCAACGGGUGGAAGAAUUCCCCUUGCUUACCUAUCGGACGUCGGGCUACUCGAGGAUGAGGAUAUUGAAAAACGGUUCGAUGACUACGGGCAUAUGCGUUUCGGAAAGCGUGGCGGUGAGGGCGAUCAGUUUGAUGACUAUGGACACAUGAGGUUUGGACGGUAAAUAGUGCAGUGAACGCGUCUUCACAAUGUGCAACUGCUUAGCGGCUGGUGACUUCUUUUUUCGUUUGGUUGAGUUGGUUGCCAAUAGGAUGAACGUGUAAACAACAAAACGUAAUAAAUAAUGUGCUGAUCUUCAA